AAUAGUUGUGCAGGACGGAGGCUGGCAUAGAAAACUUUGCUUGUGGGAGCAAGAGGUGCUGAGAAGUGGAGUCCAGCCUGGGUCUGAUCGGAGAGAGACCUACAUUGGAUAUUCCUUUGCUAGAAAAGGUUAGGUUUAAGGUUAAUCUGAUUCUGUGUGUAUCUGUGUUGGCCCAGGGAUUGGGACAGGUAUGAGAAUUCUUCUCUAAAGGCCAUAUCAAUCCCCUUUAUGGCUUGGUGUGGUAGGUACCAAACCUUCCUUUUGCCUGACAAAGGCUCUGGCAUUACCAACUAUGGAAAGCUGCAGACUGGCUACAUCAUCAGUGUUGUCCUUCUCUUGCCACUGUACCCCUCCUCUGGCUGCCCAUCUGUUUGCAGCUGCUCCUCUGGGGAGGUGAACUGCAUGGACCGCGAGCUGCGCCUUGUGCCUGACAACCUGCCAGCCAAUGCCACCACCAUCCUGCUAGACUACAACAGCAUUGCUGUCCUCCAGAACCGCACCUUCCUGGCACAGCAUGUGCUGCAACGCCUGAGCCUUCACAGCAAUCUCAUUGUGAGUGUCCACCGCCAGGCUCUGGUGGGCCUUGGUGAGCUCCAGGAACUAGACCUGAGUGGAAACUCCCUGAGCAACCUGCCACCAGAGGCAUUCCUUCCUGUACCAAGACUGACGGUGCUAAACCUGGGGAACAACAAACUUCUGAGUCUGGACCCUGAGCUUCUGGGGGCCUUGCCCCACCUCCAGACCUUGUCGUUGCAUAGCAAUGCUUUGACCUCACUCUCUUCAGCCUUCUUUGAGAAUCUGCCUCCCUUGCACAGUUUCAAGCUUGAUAACAAUCCCUGGGUGUGCACCUGUGACAUCCAGCCCCUCUUUCAGUGGCUCACUGAUAACGUGGAUACAGUUCCAGAAGUGAAAUCAGUCCGUUGCAGACUCCCGGCUCCUCUUGCCCAAUACCCCAUCAUUGACAUUGGAAAUGAAUCUUUUGCUCCCUGCCACGAACCCUGGCUGCUCCCUCAGGACUAUGCCUUUUUCCUGCUCAUCGGCCCAUCCACCUUUCUAACCAGCAUCUGCAUGUGUCUCCUUGUUGGCUUCCUCGCAGUGGCCUGUGUAAAGAUGUUGACUGGGUCGUACACUUAUCACGGCCCCCCGGCAACACGUGCAGAGCGCCAGCGUGUUCAUCAGUAUGUCCACAAAUAACUCCUGUUGCGCUCAGAUGGUACUUCUAAUGUGCCGAGUGCUCUUCUCUUCAAUCUGGGCAGCCUUAAUUUCAGUGUGCAGAAGGAUAUUGUUGUUCCUAUGUUUCUUGCGUGUGUGUGUGUGGGGGGGGUGCAUUACCUAGAUGUAAUAUCGCACAAUUGUAAAGCUGAGGUCAGUUUGAAGCCAGGAGUGUCAGGCAGAUGAGGCUACUGAACUUUCCUUUCACCUACUACACCCCUAACCUACCUUCCUCUCUAUCCCAGAAGUUGCAGGCAAGGUGCUUUUAGGGUCAAAAGAACAAUAUGGGGGAAUCCCAUCUUCUGAUCUCUGCUUUACAUUGCUCCUAUAACUGUUCUGAGAUGUGGGUCACCAUACCCUGCCUUUCAAUUAGUGACUUCUUAGUCUGAAGAAAUGUUGAGGCCAAUAUUGCGAGUCUAUGGCAAAGGGAGGAUUUGAAUAUAGCCCUUGGAGAUGAAAGCCAUCAUCUGAUUCUGCGAACUGCUGCUCCUAUCAUUUUUGACCCACCAUUGGGCUUCUCCGUUUUCAGGCAAGAAAAGGUAAGAGUCCUGCUAGUUGUCGAAGGCUUUCACGGCCGGAGAACGAUGGUUGUUGUGGGUUUUCCGGGCUGUAUUGCCGUG